CCCCAGCACUCCAAGAAAAUACUGAAAUCGAUUGGUUCGAAAAUCGAGGAGACCACGACGAAAGGAAUGAUGACCUAAUGUCAUACAACCUUUUUAAGAAACAGCAAGAAAUUCCACCUGGCAUGGGAGACCGUUCUUAUCGAUAUCUAAACUUAAAUCAAUCUUUAUACAUUUAUAGUGAACCAAAUCAAGAGACAAGUUGCCUUUUUCAAGAAGGAAGAAUAUCAAUAGCUAGUUAUCUGAUUGAUACUGUAUUUUCGCUUUACAGUUGCCCUUUUCAAGAAGGAAGAAUAUCAAUAGCUAGUUAUCUGAUUGAUACUGUAUUUUCGCUUAACAGUUGCCCUUUUCAAGAAGGAAGAAUAUCAAUAGCUAGUUAUCUGAUUGAUACUGUAUUUUCGCUUAACAGUUGCCCUUUUCAAGAAGGAAGAAUAUCAAUAGCUAGUUGUCUGAUUGAUACUGUAUUUUCGCUUUACAGUUGCCCUUUUCAAGAAGGAAGUUGCCCUUUUCAAGAAGCAAGAAUAUCAAUAGCUAGAUGUCUGAUUGAUACUGUAUUUUUGCUUAACAGUUGCCCUUUUCAAGAAGCAAGAAUAUCAAUAGCUAGAUGUCUGAUUGAUACUGUAUUUUUGCUUUACAGUUCCCCUUUUCAAGAAACAAGAAUAUCAAUAGCUAGAUGUCUGAUUGAUACUGUAUUUUUGCUUAACAGUUGCCCUUUUCAAGAAGCAAGAAUAUCAAUAGCUAGAUGUCUGAUUGAUACUGUAUUUUUGCUUUACAGUUCCCCUUUUCAAAAAGCAAGUUUUUUCAGGAACGAAGAUGCCUACAACAAGAAAGCUGAUAAGCUCACAAAUCCUAAAGAGGUGUGCCAAUUUGAGAAAUAUAAAGAAAUCAGUCCUGCACUUUUGAUUAAAUGUUGCAAGAAAUAUUCCUACGUCUUGACUUCUGAAAGCUUAGCUAUAUGCGCAAGGCUUAUCUGGUGAACGAGCUUUAAAUAGUAGAUCGCGCUGGCAUGGCUGCACCCGAUAAGAUUGAAUAUAUAAAUGAACCAUAAAGUAGACGAUUAAGCACUUGCUAUUUAAAAUUCAAGAAUCAAAUAACAAAUUUUACUUUGUUAAGCGAUAGUAGAUGUUUUGGUGUAAUUAGGACAACAAUGGAAUACAUUUGGGUAACCAUUUUAUCUAAAUCUUCAUCAAAACUCUAUUUAUGUAGUUGUCCCUUUAUAGUGAUAUUCUAUUCGUUGCAUGUAUCGUUAAUCUCAGUGUACUGUAAGUUAUAAAUAGCGCUCUUGUCCAGGAAUAACUGAUGUACAAGUACAAUAACGUCUUCAUGUUAUCAGUAUUAGCCCGAAUGUAACCAUCAAAGCUAUGUAAUUAUUGUCGUAGGUGUCAUAAAUCGAAAU